AAACGACUAGGCUCCACCGGACUUUCUCGCGCUGACAUCUACAUGCGCACCGUCUCUUCCUCUAGCGGGCCGGUCACUUUGAUCCCUGCUGUUUCUUUUCCCUCUUUCUCGAUCGGAUCUAGAUGCAGUUGAAGCAGCUUACAUGGCUGGGUCCCGCAGGAGUCCGGUGUUGAGAGACGAGUGGAAAGCCACCACCGACACUGGGGAUCAGAGGGAUCGGGAACGAAAUCACCGACCUCGAGGUUCAUAUCGUGAUCGGGGUAGGGACAAAUUUCGCGAUCGGGAGCCUCGCCGCCGCCCUAAGGAGGGCAGACCUGAUUAUUCGCUACGGUCGCCGCCGCCGCGUUCCCAUCUUCCUUACGACCACGAUUCACGCCCGCACCGCGAGUUUUCUCCUCCUAUCUCUCGCCGUGAUUCAUCUGGUCUUCCGCCCCCUGAUGCUUACACUGGUCAGAAAUCAGAUCGUCCUCGCUCACCGAAACCUGCGGAUCGCCCUGACUCGCAAUCACAACGUUUGGUAGAGACAGACAGACCUGUCGGUAAAGACCAUCGACGAAACGAGUCUCCAUCUGCACCACCACCUUCGAAACGCAAAAGAACACGGAGUCCUUCUCCCGGCGGGUAUAAUCCGCAUUCCCGCCGGCCAGGUCAUCGCCGUCCGUCCUUCAACCCCCACGACGAGCUGGACCGAGGGUAUCCAUCCAACAGGCGUGGCCGUUUCUCAGGGCGCGGCGGACGAGGUGGCGGAAGGCAUUCUCCCGGGCCACGACGAGGAAGGGAACGCCGCAGGGCCGGGGGCGGUGGCCGUCCUGUCUCUCCACAUUCAAGACGCUCCAGGUCGCCAGUCCGCGGAGGAAAACCAUACUCACACCCGCGUCGGCGACCGCACAGUCCUCCCUUUGAAGACGAGCCUGAGAUCGGACGCCGUUACCGCUCAAUAUCUCGUCAUUCUACCCAAUCUGUGGCUUCGAGAUUCUCUGGUGACUCUCGUCGAAAUUCAUUAGUAGAACCCAUAAUGAAUUCGACGAGACCCGCUCGACCCUCAGGAGGCGAUUCACUUAGGUCUCCGUCGCCCCGCGGACACGCUACAGUUUUUAGUCCCACCACUGGGCCUACUGAGGGAGAAGCCACGCGUGAUUUGACUCGGGGACGACGAGUAUCCGGUGCUUCUACCGAACAGCGUCGAAGAACUUCCCGGCCUGGGGAUCGCUCUCAUGUUUCGAACUCAUCACAUGACGCGGCGUCUCUUCAAUUCAACGACGAAUCCACAGCACCACACUCAAAAGAUCGUAGCGGUUGGAAUGGGCAACAGUCAUCGUACCAGAAUUCUCAUAGCCGCUCUUCACCACAACGACAAAGUAGCUAUACUGCAGGAGGAUCUCCGAAUCAAAACCAGCAACCGCACCGUCCUUCACAUAGUCGUGGUGCUUCACCAUCCUUAGCCGCAAAUCACCGUGGUGAGAUUGCGGGAUACCGAGGCAAGUAUCAAGAACACAUUGGUGAAUCUUCACCCCGCGAAAGGAGCAAUUUCAACAAGUCCCACUGGAAUGCACCCAGUUCUCGGGAACACGGGAGUGCACCGAACGACAACGAGUCAUAUGGGCGUUCGCCACGCAGUCCCCGAUCUCAGCCAUCAGGAGCCAACGACCAUAGUGGUCACGGACAUUCGAGACAGGAAUCACAAGAAGACAUUGAGAGGUCUAGAGAAGGUCAAGACAAAGGCGAGUCUGAGAGAAAUCCGCCCCCCGGCAUGCAGCCUUCUGCUGCUUCUGCUACUCCAAAUAAGGGAGGCAAGAUAAGCUUCGCGUUCAAGGCGAAGACUGCUCUGGCUCCAGCUCCCAAACCGGUUCCCGACUUAGCUCAGAGGAUGUUAGCUCGAGAGCCACCUACACGUGCCCCUGAACCGUCUCCGCGCAAUAGGAUGCCAAGUGGUCCACCACCAAAGUUCAAAUCUGAUUCCCGCUUCGAUCGCCGUGAGCGUGACCGCGAGCGUGACCGCGAACGCGAACGAGAUCGGCGUGAUCGAGAGCGAGAUCGUGCACGCAAUGAGAGAAGAGAUUUUCGGGAGGGCCGUAAUUAUCGCGAUACGCGGGACCCUCGUGGUCCUCGAGAGCCUCGAAGUAUGCGCGAGGCACGACGCGAAGACCGCCGUCUCGAUUCUUCACGCAAUGAAAGAUCCUGGGGAGACCGGAGACAAGAUUCCCGUCCUGAUCGUCGUCCCGAGCGCACUCCGGAGCCAAGAAAGCAAAUCAAAAUCAUGACGCGCAUAAAAGCACGCCCCGUCCUCUCCGAGGAAUUCGCAAACUCUGACUCCGUCUACUACCGGAAACCGGGCAACGAAUCAGUCAUUGGUGCAGGCACAUACGGCAAGGUUUUCAAGGCGAUUCAUGUCUAUACCCAGCGUAAGGUGGCGCUCAAAAAGAUUAGAAUGGAGGGUGAGAAGGACGGUUUUCCCGUGACUGCUGUUCGGGAGAUCAAAUUGCUUCAACACCUUCGCAAUCACAACGUCGUCAGCUUAUUGGAGGUCAUGGUCGAGCGGAACGAGUGUUUCAUGGUUUUCGAAUACCUCUCGCACGACCUGACGGGUUUGAUCAACCACCCGACCUUUACUCUAACUGAGGCUCACAAGAAAGAUUUGGCUAAGCAAAUGUUUGAAGGAUUGAAUUACCUUCACCACCGGGGUGUCAUGCACCGUGAUAUCAAAGCCGCCAAUAUUCUGAUCAGCAAUCGAGGCCAAUUGAAAUAUGCCGAUUUCGGGUUAGCACGGUUCUUCUCCAAAAGUCGUCAGCUCGAUUAUACGAACCGUGUCAUCACCAUCUGGUAUCGACCGCCGGAGCUUCUACUUGGUGAAACUCGGUACGGUCCGGCUGUUGAUGUCUGGAGUGCGGCUUGUGUAUACGUCGAGAUGUUCACGAAGAAGGCUGUUUUCCCCGGUGAAGGAGGCGAGAUCAGUCAACUUGAAAAGCUAUAUAACUGCCUGGGCACUCCGAAUCGCGCAGAAUGGCCAGACUUGAUUGAGAUGCCCUGGUUCGAGCUAAUGCGGCCCACAGAGCGGAAAAGGAGGAUAUUUGAGGAGAUUUACAAUGAAAUCCUCUCACCCGCGGCACUGGACCUUAUAUCACAGGUCUUCCAGUAUGAUCCUGCGAAACGACCCACUACUGAGCAGAUAUUGGAGCACCCAUACUUCACCUCGGAGGAGCCCCAGCCCCAGCAAGCUAUCGAACUUGAAAACAUCGAGGGUGAUUGGCACGAGUUUGAGUCGAAGGCCCUUCGAAGGGAGAAGGACAAAGAACGCCGUGCGGAGUACCAGAGGGACAAGGAGAAGCGCAAGGUCGCUCCUCUGGCACCUCACAGUGACAGGGACGCCAAGCGCCUCAAGGCUGGUGCAUCGGAGCGUCAACCCGAUUCCGCGCAAUUUGCCGACUAAUAGGUGCUACAUCAGUCACUGUUUCGCCCGUGAAGCUACGACGUACAUUCAUCCUUCGCUCAUGACACGCUCUCAUCAUUCGUGUAA